UUCCCUCAAUUGUCACUCGGUUAUAUAGGACAUAAUAAUGUAAAUUGAAUUGAAUUCCUUUAUAUUUAUUUACCUAUUUAUACAAGUUUGGGGUUUUUAUCGGCAAUUUGUUUUUUGUGGGUAUUUCACCAGUUGUUGUAGUACUCAUGCUAAUUUAUUUAAGCGUUAAUUCACGUUUAUAAUGCAAGAUAGUGCUGUUUAACCUUUGCCCUUUAAAGGCAGCCCAAAAUAAUUGAUUUUAAGCCGCCCCUGCAUUUUACAUUAGGAUGACAUAUAUUUAGCCUACACAGUCUGAGAAAACCAUGACAAACAUUUACAACGAACAUGUAAUAUUAGCAAGUAAUAACAAUGGAACCCAUAUCGGCUAAUAUGAAGAAGAGCCCUGCAUGCAAUCGUAGCAAACCCCCACCUGUUCGUAGCUCUUAUCUGUGUGGCAAGUUGAGAAAUCACCUCACUGUUGAUAGACCUGGAUUUCAUGCUGCGUCGGCUAUGGAUAACAGUAACAGGUUAUUAAGUAUGUCAGAAAAUCCAGAAGUUCCUGAUACUGUGGACAGCAUUUGUGCGUUAAAGGCAUCAUCGAAAGAAGUAACUGAGUGUAUGAGUGGAUGGCUCACUUUUAUUCAGAUGUUGAAGGGGCUGUGUAGUGCCGGAGCACAGUUGUCUGGUUGUCUGGGAGAGUUGGCAGGGCAGUCCACGGCGUGUCGGGCACGUGCGGCACAGUGUCGUGCCAUCUUUGAGCAGCUCAGCAGUGCGACACACGCAGCCACUGCGGUGGUGAGGAACCAAGCCAUUGCUAGCCUGCAAGAGGCGCACACCGGGCCGGACAUAGACACUGACCAGGCAGAAACUAAUCAGCAAGUGGUGUGCAGUGGGCUGGUGACCCUGGUCAAUCUGCAGUACCAGUUGAGUCUGGCCUGUUGUGAGUGUCUGAGUGGCCUGGUCGAGUGUCAAUGCCAGCCUCCGCACCCUGAGCCGGAUACUCACGCUGUGGCCCGCUGCUACACCCGGAUGCCACCUCCACCACCACCCCAGCGGCGCUGGUCGGAGGUAGGUGGAGGGGCAGGAGGGGAAGGUAGAAUGGGGGAAGGUGCCCGAAGGUGGUCAAUGCCUUGGAAACUAUCUCUACCCACCAGCUCUGGUAGCGACAGAAGCCGUUCUACCACUCCAGAUGCAGUGUGGCACACGGCUCUAGCCAAUCAAGAAGAGUUGCAAGACGUGAUUGCGCUGUUAUCCAUAAAACAGGGACCUCAGGGACAUCAUUUACCAGGAGUGACGCUGACCCGGGCAGUGGAGCCGAUGCACAGCCGAUGUUCCAGUCAUAGAGGAAGUUGGUGGGGUGAGGGUGAGGAACCUGAUGUCGGGAUGCUGGCGUCCCGUAAGAGCAGCUCUUCUACUGACUGUUCCUCCUGUUACUCCCUUCACAGUCGCACGUCCACUUCUGGCUCUGAUGAGUUGACCCAUGGUCAGAGGUCGCAUCUGUACUCUAUGUGGAGUGGCAAUGAUUUGCCAUUCAUCAAACUACCAGAAUCCACAGAGCCACCGAACCCUGACACGUGAUUCUGUUAAGAUCCUCCUUGGCUCUUCCAACCAACGUUCCUCUUGUCUUGUGUGGAAUGAAACCAUUGCAUUUCUUUGCUGUUUCACCACCGAAUUUAAUUUCUUGGUUUUGAUGAAAACCGAUCAAAAAGUCUGUGUUGUACGCUAAGUAUUUAUGGCAAUAGUGCUAGUGAUUUAAAACACUGUUCCCAUCAAAGUACCAAAGAUAAUUCAGAAUCAAAAUGUUAUAAGCAUUUUGAAUCCAAUGGUAUUUCAUUAAAAUCUUCAAUGGUAUUUCAUUAAAAUCUUAUCUUCAGGUAGUUUAACUAUUCAAUAACAUUUUUUCCUUUAUUUAGAUAUUCUGUGGAUUUAUCUUAAAGAAACUGUUUAUGUUAUGAGUCGUUUGUUCCCAUAAAAUUAAUCUUGUAUUGUAUUGUGGCUGUAUGAAGAGGGUAAAAAGUAAAAAAGAAGGCCUUAACAAACAUUUAGUGUACCUUUACACUUUUUUAAGGAUUAAAUAAGAAUAUAUUUUACAACCUGUUCAGGCUUGGCAGAUUUGAGAUUUGAAAUUUAAUGUCAUGGUUUGAUUAGACAGCAGCCCAGGUUAAAAUGUGAUAUUGUUUCAUCCCAACCAUACGGAUUUAAAGUUUGCCUUUUUAUGCUCUUCUACUCUUUCCAAAGACAGUUUUGGUGCUCAAAAUACUUCUAAUGUUAAUUAAGAUACACCCCAAUAAUAUGCUGCUUGGAUUAUUUUUUCAAUUUAAAAUUUAGUGCUCUCUUCUCUUUCAUCUUUGUCUUUGGUCAGUGUUUCUAACAAUCUUUAUAAUUUUAAUUACUAUCGUAAGGACAUUGGUUGGACUCUAAUGUAUGUUAAAGAGUAAAUAAAGUAAACGUUUCAAGUAUUUAUAGACCAGCGGUUACCAUUUAAAAAUAUAUAUAGUGAUGUAUUAUUAAAUCUAUAAACGCUAAUAAAGAUCACAAACUUUUGUAAACCCCGUCAGCCGUUCAACUUCAUACAAGGUCAGGGACAUCAAUUAAAAGGCUGUAAUUAAUCACAUAUUUAAGACGUAUCAGCUGUUAGAUUUGUUUUAGAAAAUUUCCCAUAUAAGGAAUAAGUUAUUACCGUAGGUCUCAUGGUAAGACCUAGACUUGGGACUGAUUUACUUUUUCGUUUUGAGGUCCCCGAGGCCAAAACCACCAUCAGUUCAAAUUCAUAUAUAUAAACAUAUGUCCGUGAUUGCGAUAACUUGAGCAAAAAUUAUCCGAUUUUGAUAAAAUUUGGUACCAACGUGUAAACCUACGUUUAUGGUAUCAUUUAUUCAUUCAUACAAAUCCCAUUUCCGUAUAAAAAAUUACGGUUCAAAAAUUAUUGUUACUUAUUUUAUUUUCCAUUUGAAAAAUCCCAUAAAAUAACAAAAAAUCUGAUUUUUUUUUAGAAAAAGCUGGUUUGGAUAAAACAUUUUAUGUUAUGGUCCUUAUAGUUCUAAAAAAAUAGUGCAACCCCCAUUGCUGCAACAAUUAGGGUUCAAAAGUUAUUGCAACUUUAAAUUAAGCUCUAAGUUACAAGAUUUGCCUGUAUAAUUUGCUUGGUAAGUGUGUGAAACUGUUUUUUUUUUUACUGUAAAGAACCACAUUAAUCUUUUAAGUGUAUUCUUGCUUUGUUGUGAAGCUUGGGUAAUAAUAUUUUAUUAUUGUUAAAAUAAAAUAUAACAAUUAAAUCAAACACAAAUUAAAAUAUAACAAAGUUGAAAGUGUAAAUACUGUCAAAAUUAUUCUUGUUGUUUGCUUUAGCGUUGGAUAAAGUAUUACCAUCUUUUGUUUGGCAAACAAACACUUGAUGAGUCAAGACAAUCAUAUUGUGGCUUAGUUUUUCUAACAGUAGCUGUAUUUUUAAAUUUUGUACUGUUGGAAGAUUGCUCAGAGUUGCACUACUUUUUGCAGCAUAUUAUUGGUUUGAGUUUUAAUAUUUCUGAAAAGGGCUGGACCCAAAUAAUGUAAUUUUAGAUAAGGAGAUUAGUUAAGGGCUUAUUUGUUUAUAAAUAUAUGCUUUACACAAUUAGUACAGUACUUUGACUUAUGAUAACCACGCUUAAAAUUUGUUUAUGCUCAAAACUCGAAAAUACUGGUACAGUUUAGAUGCUUUAUAUAAUGGUAAAUAAAAAUUCAAUCACUUUUGUCACCCAGUAUUACUAAUAGUAUUCCUUGAAUGUUUGUUUAUUUUACCAUCUGUGGCAGGCAGUACAACUACAGUAGACUCCCGAUUAUUCACAAGUGGAUUAACCACACCGCGGAUUAAACAAUAUUAUUGUUUUAGAUUAUGCGUGUGAGAUAAAACUAAAAGCAAUGUACACUAACUAAAAAUGUAUUAUUACCUAAACCUGUAUUGAAUCUUAAAUGUACAUAAAUGAGUUUAAGCAAAUUCCAAAUUUAGUCAAUGUUAGGUUAUUUCCAGGGAAUUUUAGGUUAGGUUUGCACUAUUCAAGAUCUCAAUCAUGGAUUAUUGAGAGUCUACUGUAUAUAUCAUUAUAUAGGCUAAUUUGUAUUGCGUCUUCAAUUUACAGAUGUUUGGUAAACCAUCUUGUAUCAAAUAGUAAUUUACAACCUAAAACUUAAAUAUAGAUUAAGUUAAAACCUCAAAAAGUUACCAAUCAAAAGGAAAAUUUUAAUUUUUGUUGGAGUUGUUGAUUUGUUACAUCCAUAUAGUUUGAUCCAGACCUACACCUUUUUGUAAUAUUUUUUUUCGAUAAGCUAAACUAGUUAUUAUGUCCUACUUUAGAAAAGUAGUAAUGAGAUGUAUGAUCUAAGUGGGAAUUUUACUUGCAAUUGUGCACUCCAAUCAGAAAUGUAAUAAUAUAAUAUUGUGAUUAAUAUUUUAAAUAAAUAUUACAUUGUAAUAGGUAAUAUCAUUGACUUUUGGAGACUUCCGUUAUUAGUUCAAGAUAAUGUUAAGAUUGUAGAGGACAGACAGUAAAAUCUACAUAACUCCUAGUUAUAAUCAAUCAUCAAUUAUAACCAAUGAAGUGGCAUCCCUUGUUUUUGUUAACCUAGGGUUUACUAUUUGUGCUCCAUUGUCCUGGCUGAUGCGAUUUUAAUGGACGCGUUCUGGGAAUAUGCACCAACUUAACCUGUGCAUUGUUCUGUCACAAUGUUUUACUCGGCACAAAAAAGUGGCCAAACACUUGAGUGUAGUCAUGCUGCCAGUAUUUCAUUGGUGUACAAACUUUACAACUUUGCAGAUUAAAAGUCACCAGUAUACCAGAACACUACAGACUUUACAUUGAAUGUUCCCAGUACGCACUAACCGUUUUCAAUAUGACUGGUCAAAUAAAUGAUACAUGUUAUAAAUGUGAUGUUUACGUUUGUAUAAAUAGUUGUAAAUGCUAUGUUUUGAUGUUUUAUGUUGUGUUACCAUUUGUUAUCUUUAUUAAUUAAUUGGUGUUUACAUAUUUAUAGUUUACCAAAAUGUAAGCGUUUCCAUGUAUUAAUCACCUUUCAUCGACUUGACUGUUAACAUGUUUAUGGUGUUGGCAGUGAUAUUUAUACAAUGUCUUAGAAAGUUUGUUGCCAUUGGAGUUAUAUAUUGAUAUUACAAAAAUAUUGAUAGCUAUAGUUUUAUCAGUGCAACGGGCAUUUUUGUGCAAGUAGUUUUUGGUGUGAUGUAUUUUAUUUUUAAGCACCUUCACUGUGGGUUUAACAGAGCACUAAGACAAAAAUUAAUAUUUAUCAUCCUUUGUUACUUGCAUAGUUAGGUUCCUGUGUAGUGAAUUGAACAACUAGAGUUUCUCUGGAAUUGUGAAUUCAGGUUAGCUGUGGUGAUUGAUUAGGCAUAGACCUGGGACAUCAAGCUUAAGAGUUCAUUUUAUCACUACCACCUAAAGUGACUGUUUUUGACACAAGUUUACCGAUCGAGGCAAAACUGAUGCUGGGAAAUGAGCAAUGAUUAAAAUACCCUUUGGCCCUUGUGGUGGAUUUUUUCCAUGCAAUACUUUAAUUUAACCCAACUAAUGCGGAAAACAAGUUGUACACUGUGUAUCUUUAUAAUACAGCUUCCCUCUUUAAGCGCUACCCUAUAACCCCCUAUAUUUUGUUUGUGUUGCUAGCCUAGUGGUUAGCGUCUCGGACUUCGGUGCGGGAGGGACGGGUUCAAUCCCCGGCACAUCCACUAAACUUUAAUGGGUUUGGACCGCUUUCCCUUAAAAGUGUUUGACUUCAUUACAAAAAUGCCACUGGGGUAGAUACAAAAAAAAAAAAAAAACAAGUGUUUACUGGUGUACCUAUUUAUUUUGAUGUAUCUAUUUCCAAGGCAAUAAGAAUACAAAGUUAGUAAACAACUUUUUAAUUAUUUUUGAUCUCGAUUAAGGAGUAUUGGUUAUGUAAAAUAUUCAUGUAGGCUUAACUCAAUGAUAACACUAAAAUAUGAAUUUAAUCCAAACUAUUUUCUUGGUCAAAACAAUUUUACUCAAGAAAAAAUUCCACCUGAGAGAGAUUUGACCUUAAGCCUCAAGAAUGAAAGUCCCUCGCUCCAUAACCACUAAGCCAGCCGCAUCAUACUUUGCUAUCCUCAGUGAGACUUUGGAGCAAAGAAAUAUCAAAUAUAUACUAAUAUCAUUAUUUUUAACACACUACAUUUCUCUUUAUAUGAUUCAAAUUUCAAAACAAAAACUAGGCUCUUGUGUUUAGUUUAAUUGCACUUUAUUUGGACUUAAAAUCUUGUUUUAAGCAUUUUGUCCUUUUUUUCAAAGAAAGACGGUUAAAAAUAAAAGCAUUAAGAUCGCUUUAAUACUACAAAUAUCGCGAUUUUUUCAGUCCAAACAAUCUAAUCUAGUUGUAGGAAAUGCAUGCUUCAGUAAGUCUGACGAAUUCUCCUUGGCUUAUAAAAUAUGACAAAAAAAUUACAAUUAGCUUCUAGGUGAACUCUUUUUAUAGAAGCUUAACUUCAGGAACAGGAAGAAUCUAGAAUACUUACCAAGUCCUUAAGAGUACUCUGAUCCGUAUAUUCACUUGUAACAAAUUAAAACUUUGGUUUGAGUAAUUGGGUAGUUAAUCAUAUGGUUAAUCGGAUAAAAUAGGUAUUUUGUGAAAUUUUAUCCAUGAACUUAAAACUGGUUGAGGUUUAACCAUCUGGUAAUUUAAAUUCUAUUGGCAAUUGGCAGGAUUUCAGGAUUAUCUGUACAGUCUUGCGAAAGUGAAAUUCCAGAUUUUAUUGAUUCAAUUAUUCAGCUAGUUUAAAGUUUUUUUGAAAAUUCAUUUGUCGACUUUGUAUUACUGAACUGAUGUUUACUAAUAAAAUUCAAAUGCUUUGUCUAUGCAAGCACCACCAGGAUCCGAGUGCUCUUCUAAGCGUAGUCUUUGUACAAGUUUCAACUCAAGUAGCAUAGGUUGUAAAGAAAACACCAAUGUCACAAUUUUGUAAAAAAACUGUGUUUACAAUGUAUAAUAGGUAUUUCAUUGACACUAGUUUAAAAUUGUUUUACAAAUUUUCAUGUAAUUAAAAAAAAAACUUGACAACACAAAUCCUGUUUAACGAUUGUUGUAGGUUGGUUUCUGUUCUGCAGAUUUUUAAAUUUAGAUUCUCUUACAAAAUAGGUUAAACUUUGCAAUUGAAGGAGGAACAGACAUUGUAGGUAAAUUAAUAAUCCAACACAUUAAUUUGAAAAAAGAAAAAAAAGGAUUUAUAACUGACAAGCUGCUAUUCCUGUGCUUCGCAAUGGGAAGAGAGAAUAAUAGGGUUCUUUAAACCUACUGUAUAAAAUAGUUAAACAUCCAUAAUUUUAAAAACAAACUUAAUUUUAGCAGAUUUCUUAUAUAUGGAAUAAGCUAUCACUGUAGGUAGGUCUCAUAUUCAGAAAAACGUGUUCUGCUGAAAUGCAUAUUUAGAUCUGUUCAUUAGCAAAAUGUUACAACAAAAAUUACUAAAGUUAUCGUGCGGAUGGAUACACACACAUAUAUAUAUAAAUUUGAACGAAUGGUGUUUUUGGCCUCUGGGGACAUCAAAAUGAAAAAGUAAAUCGGUCCCGGGCUUAGGUCUUACCAUGAGACCUACGGUAAUAGCUACUUCCCUAUAGGGAAUAUCGCUAAAACAGGAUUUGUGCUAAUGAAUUGCAUAACAUUGUGAUUUAUAGUGUUUAGAAUACCAUUUAUGUGAAUAUUUAUUGGCUUGACAUUUUUCUGAUUCUGACUGAGAAGUAUUGAUAGUUAAAAAGACAAGCAUAUCACUGAGGUUAUGUUGCUGUGUUGUAUAGAUGAUUGCAUGUAUAACCCAGUGCUGUUUACUAUGGAUUGCAUGUAAGCCUGAGCACAAUUAAAUGUGGUUGUGAGUUUAAGUUUGUUAAAUAUGCAAUUUAUUGGAAUACUUAGUUUCGCUGGUCGAACAAACUAGGUGCAAUUUUAUACCUGAAAAUUAUCUCUACAAUUUGUGAUAUAUUUUUAUCGGUUAACUUAGUUCUGUUUUAUAACUGUAGAGCCUCUACCUUAUAUAUUUUAUUUCUAAAAGUUAUGAGAGUUUGUAAUUUAUGUGCAGGUCACUUUAAGAAUUUGAAUAUCAAUGUUGUCUUGAAUAUGUAGAUUUCGGAAAGUAAACUCCAGGAUACAA